AUGGUUCAAGCUAAGCAAUGGGUCUUAAAGACCACUCCUGUGCCUGGUGAAACAUUCAAUUUCAAUCCUAACGAGUCAACAUCAACUUUUCAAUUGGCCACUAGAGAACUAUCCCCUGAACAAUUACAAGAUGGAGAAGUCCUAGUAGAAGUCAUAUUGCUCAGUAACGAUCCUGCACAAAAGUUUUGGAUUGCAUCUGUCGACAAGAACUACGCUAGACCUAUAGAACCAGGUGAAGAUAUUCCUGCUAGAGGUGUUGGUAAGGUCAUUGCCUCUAAGAACAACUCGUACGAAGUAGGUGACUAUGUGUCUGGUAAGUUAUGUUGGAACACUCAUGUUAUAGUAUCAGAUGCACCUGAGUAUGGUUUGCGCAAAUUACCAGCAACUGCUGAGGAUAAGCUGUGGUAUCACCUUUCAGUUCUUGGUAGUACUGCGCUAACUGCUUACUUCAUCUUUUUCCACUAUGCAGGUCUAAGAGAACGCCAAGAAGAUUACGACAAGACCUUCCUGGUUUCAGGUGCUGCUGGUGCCGUCGGUACUGUUAGUGUUCAAUUGGCUCUUAACGUUUUCAAUGCCAAGAAAGUAAUUGCCAUUGCAGGUGGUCCUGAGAAGGUAAAAUUCGUCGAAUCCUUUGACCCCAAGAGAGUCAUUGGUGUCGAUUACAAGUCACCAACUUUCGAACAGGAUUUGUUGAAGGCAGCUGGUGGUGAUAAGAAUAUCGAUUAUUUCGUCGAUAACGUUGGUGGUCCCAUCCUAGAUGCAGGUGCACGUCUUUUGAAGACUCAUGCUACUAUUGUUGCAUGUGGUGGUAUCAGUGGUUAUAACGACAGGGAAAAAUUUGUGUUCAAGAGCUACGGUACUGUGAUCACAAAGAGAUUAACUAUCAAGGGUGUCCUAGUCACUGAUCUCAUGGAUAAAUUCCCAGAGGCAGUGAGAUCCUUGAAAUCGUUUAUCGAUUCAGGUAAAUUAAGUACCAAAGACGCUGCUACUUUCAAAGAUGCGACCGGUGAUAAGUUUGAAGACAUUCCUCUUAUCUGGAAUGGUCUCUUCCACGGUACUAAUAAAGGUAAGCUAAUUAGCAUCGUUAGAAGCCCUCAAUAA